AUGUCAAAAUUGUUCCAUGUAGCUCUGCUGGCCGGCAGCUCCAUGCUGGGCAUCUCCUCGCUGACCUUGUGCCAGGAGCAGCGCAACAAGGCGCCACAAAUGAAACGUGAGCUCCCCACGCGCAGCAUGAAUCUGGAGGCAUUGCGACGCACCGAAUACGACAUCCUGAUCAUUGGCGGAGGCGCAGUUGGAGCUGGUUGUGCGCUUGAUUCGGCGACGCGGGGCUUGAAGACCGCUCUGGUGGAAGCCGAUGAUUUCGGCAGUGGCACCUCGUCCAAGUCCAGUAAAUUACUGCAUGGCGGACUCAGGGAUCUGGAUCAGGCCAUCUCCAAGCUGGACUUGGCCGCCUUUCGACGUGUGCGCACCUCGCUGGAGGAGCGCAGUAAUAUUGCCAAUAUGGCACCACACUUAAAUCAACCGGUGCCCAUCAUGCUGCCAGUGCAUCACUGGUGGCAGCUGCCCUCGUAUUGGGCCAAGCUGCACAUCUACCAUUUGAUGGCACCUGGCACCACUCGAGGAUUCCAAUACAUUAGCACACCCGAGGCACUGGACAUAUUUCCCAUGCUGCCACGCGAUAUCUACGGCGCCUUUGUCUUUUACGAGGGUCAGCACGAUGAUGCUCGUCUGUGUCUCGCUGUCAUCUUGACUGCUUCACGUUAUGGUGCCGAUGUCUGUAAUCACAUGAAGGUCACCGAACUGCUGCGGAACAAGCAUGAGCAAAUUGUGGGAGCCAAGGCAACUGAUCAGUUGACUGGCAAAUCGUACAAGAUACGCGCCAAGGUGGUCAUCAAUGCCACGGGUCCGAUGAGCGAUAGCAUCUGCCGGCUGGAGGAUGUUAAUGCGGUGCCUCAUUGCUCGCCCACCUGGGCCUCACACAUUGUUCUGCCGCCGUUCUACUGUCCCGAGGAAGUGGGCCUCUUCGAUCCCUGCACGCGAAGUGGCUCCGCCAUCUAUUUCCUACCCUGGCUGGGACACACGCUGAUGGGCACCUCGGAUGAGCUGCGUGAAUCGUCGGCGGGGCCACAGCCCACGGAAAUGGAGGUGCAAUAUCUGCUGGAUGGGAUCAAGAACUAUAUUAAUCCCAAUUUCGAUGUGCGCCGCUGUGAUGUUCUGGCUGUUUGGGGUGGUUACAAGCCGCUGCCCACGGAGACGGAUGAGUUGAAGGAUUCACUGCUCAAGAAUCAUCUGAUUACGCUGGGCAAGGGUAAAAUGUUGUCUAUUGUGGGCGGCACCUGGUCUUCGUUCCGAAUCAUCGCCGAAGAGGCAAUCGAUGAGGCCAUUCGAACUGGGCGCCUGCAUCCAUUGCGCCUAAACUCGAUUACGGCGUCUUCCUGCAAACUAGAUGGUGCCGAUGGCUGGACACCGAAUAUGUUUAUACGUCUGGUGCAGGAUUUCGGACUGGAGCGUGAUGUGGCGAAGCAUUUGACCGACACCUAUGGCUCGAAUGCCUGCAAAGUAGCCGUCUGUGCUCAUCCCAGCGGCAGUUGGCCCAUCACCGGCAAACGAUUGCAUUCCGAGUUUCCCUAUAUCGAAGCGGAGGUGCGUCAGGGAAUUAAGGAUUACGCCUGCACGUUGGUGGACAUGGUUGCGCGUCGUCUGCGGGUUGCCUUCCUCAAUGUGCACGUGGCCGAGGAGAUAUUGCCAAAAGUGGCCGACGUGAUGGCUCACGAGCUGCAGUGGUCGAAGAAGAGAAGGGCGCAAGAGAUCGAGGAAGGGAAACUCUUUCUCAGCACACAGAUGGGUCAAUCACCCGCGAAUGCGUCGCCGGACCAUGUGAAUAUUCCGAUUAAAAUGUCCGUGGAACAGGUGCAAAAGUAUGCGGCGCAUUUCAAGAGCCUGGAUACCGAAGAUACGGGUUUUGUGUCCAUCAACAAAUGCUGUGCGGCCAUGAAAACCUUUGGCGUCAAAGAGGUGCCCGUGGAUCUGAUGCACAACGUUCUGCGUGACAUUGACUGUCAUUCACAGGGCAAGGUUAAUCUCUACGAGUUUCUGCUGCUCAUGUCCGCUGUGGUCCAUGGAGAUACGGCGUAUUUGCGCUAUGCCAAGUUGCGAAUGGAUCAAAAGCUCAGCGCGAUUAACAAUCGCAAGCGACAAGUGAUCUCAGUGGAGAGAUCAGGUGGUGGACUGUAAUAUACGUGAUUCUCACUUAAAUUGUUGAAUGUCUCUAAAUUACAUGUUGAAUUUUACUCCAAUAAUCAAAAGUCGGUUGGGCGAAGUUGCCACAUCGACGAAAUAAGAACGCACUUUAAUGAAACUUGACGAAACUUUUAACGAGCUUUCUUUCCCCUAUUUAAUAAACUUGACAGCCCA